GUUCAACAUUUAUAAGUAGGUAGCUAUAUCUAUAAUUAGCGCUGUCCUAAUAUUAAUUUAUAUGGCAGAAUGUAUCAUAACCGCGCAUGCUCCAAUUAGGCGCAUGCGUAUCAUUACUGGCAUAUUAGCAAAAGAUUUAUUCAGCAUGGGUUGACGCAGUGGUUCUGAAAUGAGGGGUGGAAGUUCAGAGCGCCUGGUCGUAAGACCAUCGCGGCGCCGGGGCGAAGCGCGCGCCAAACUAACGCGAUAUAUCACUGUAAUGCUAGCAGCGUUGCUGGGCGGGGGAGGAUCUGCGCUCCUGUUCCUGGUGCCCUUGUACGCUGACCCGGCUCUCAGCGCACUAGCUGCCGACUUCGACCCUCAGCCCGUGGACUGUGUUACGGAACGACGUGACGACCGCCUCGGCUUAGACAACUGCACGUGGGCAUCCUGUAGGGAAGGCUGCACGAGCGAUGCUUACAAAUGCAUUCAACUGCACGUGAAAUACAAGGCCCACACGGAAGAAUGGCGCGCCGCUGUGUUGUAUGUUAAUAUAAAGGGAUGCGGAUACCCGCCUGCGGUCGACUGCGACAAUUUUACGACCAGUUACGGGUACGUGGGCGCUAAAUAUCCGUGUUAUUGGUCGCGGGCGGACACGGCUGUGGUGGUGCCGCAUUGGUCGCGAGGGGAACAGGUGGCUACAGUGACCCGUACUUUAGCUCUGCCCCUGUUUUUGUCUGGUUGUGCCGGGAUCGGUCUCUGCGCCCUACAUUGCGAGUGCAGGCCCCGACGCCGCCGCCGCCCUCCGCGCCGGCCGCCGCGCUUGCCCACACUCUCUCCAGACGACACUUCAGUGUAUCGACUGCCAUAGUUGCACUUUAAUAUUUCAAAGACCAUUUGAUGCAGGCACAAAUUUUAGUUCCUUUGGCGUGUGUGUGUAAAUAAAGUGUGUACAUAAUAACUAUGAA